AUGUUAAAAACAAUCAAAAUAGUUCUUUUAAUUAUUUUCUGUAAUAUCUUCUUUUUAACAGCUUCAUCAUCUUCGUUAUAUGACAGUCAUGCUAGUGAGGGCGCUCCACACAAUCCCCGAAUAAUAAAACACGGUACUUACGAUCCAUUCGAGGACAUCUUCGGCCGCGCAACAACACGAGUGAAAGCAACAACUGUCUCACAAAGCGUGAGCAAUUGGAUUGAAGACGUCGAUACAGUCAACAGCUUCUUGAAUGUCGCAUUAGCUUUACCCCUAGGUCCAGCCCUUAAAUCAGGCGCAUCGAAAGCAUUGGCAUUUGCGCAAGACGAACCAGUGAAUAACAAGUUUCUGGGUGCUAUUCCAGGACUUGAUGCUCAGGGAAAGGCGGCUGCUGGUACUCUGGAUAAAGUCUUUGGUGAUGUCUUGGUGCAGUUAAAGAAUGUGGUAGAUAAGCCAUUGAGUUUGCCGGUAGCAGCGAAAGCAGUGGGCAGAAUCAACGUUAAUAGGUGUAAAAAUGUUCUUCCUUCAGCCGAGACCUUGUGGAAGUCCGCAGCUUUAGCCAUGAACAUUUCGACAGCGACAUGGCCACCAAAAGCGAAUCGAGAGAAUGCUUGUCCGGGGAAAAAUUAA